GUCGAGCUGUUGUAGUGCAUUCAGUAGGUGUCCGUUAUUGUUGGAUUCGGAACGAAGAACCGAUAUAUAACGCGUGUAUAUUUAGUAAACUGUUAUCGGAACGCGCGUAGUUUCUCAGCAGAAAGCUGUGUGCGCGCGGCGAUGCGAUGAUGGACACACACCGGCGGCUCGUCAGCCUGAGCGACACCGAGCCGGUGGACCCGGCUGGUGGCGAGCGGACUCAGACCGGCAGACCGGGUCUGCUCCACGGGGCUUGAGGACUGAUAGUUCAUCGUUCGUUACCCGCAGCUCAGCGAGCACCGCCUCCGCUCCGCGGGUUGACCAGCGGGUUGUUGUUCCGUCGGAUCGCCUCUCUGAACACGGACCUCCCGCUGCGAUGGAGUCUGACGACGACGUGCCUCUCAUCCUCACCUGGGACGAGGCCAGCAGCGGGCUGCUCAGCGAGGAGGCCGAGCGGGGGGGAAAUGGCGGAGCAGGGAACUAUGACAUCGUGAGCGACGCUGUGGUCGCCCCGCCCGGGCCACAGAACCACAGAGCCCAACAUGUGUCCUUACACCAGAGCUGGGAGAUGAACUACCAGGAAGCAGCCAUCUACCUGCAGGAGGGAGAGAACAAUGAUAAGUUCUGUACCCAUCCUCGAAACCCGAGGGCGCUGGCCGCGUACCUGUUCGCCCACAACCACCUGUUCUACAUGAUGGAGCUGCUGACGGGGCUGCUGCUGAUGAUGCUGUCGCUGUGUGAAGCUCCGGCUGUGCCCUCGCUGCGCCUGGACGUCUACGUCCACGCCACUCUGGAGCUGCUUGCUCUGGUCAUGGUGGCGUUUGAGCUCUGCAUGAAACUCCGCUGGUUAGGCUUCCACACCUUCAUACGACACAGGAGGACCAUGGUGAAGACGUGUGUGUUGCUGCUGCAGUUCGUGGAGGCCAUCGUGGUUCUGGUCAGACAGACGUCGCACCUGAGAGUGACCAGAGCUCUCAGACCCAUUUUCCUGGUGGACUGUAGAUACUGUGGUGCUGUGCGCAGAAACUUGCGUCAGAUCUUCCAAUCCCUUCCACCUUUUAUUGACAUCCUCCUACUGCUACUGUUCUUCAUGGUUAUAUUUGCCAUCUUGGGUUUCUGCCUCUUCUCUCCAAACACUGCUGACCCGUACUUCAGCACCCUGGAGAACAGCCUGGUCAGCCUGUUUGUCCUGGUCACCACGGCUAAUUUCCCUGAUGUGAUGAUGCCGGCGUACUCAAAGAACCGCUGGUCCUGUGUGUUCUUCAUCGUUUACCUCUCCAUAGAGCUCUACUUCAUCAUGAACCUGCUCCUGGCGGUGGUGUUCGACACGUUUAAUGGUGUUGAGAAGAUGAAGUUUAAAUCUCUUUUACUUCACAAACGCUCCGCCAUUGACCACGCCUUCCAGCUGCUCGUGAGCCGGCAGAGGCCGAUGGGCGUGUCGCUGAAACAGUUUGAUGGUCUGAUGCGAUUUUACAGACCCCGAAUGUCUGCAAGAGACCGCUUCCUCACGUACAAAGCUCUCAACCCCUCAGGGGCCCCGAUGCUCAGUCUGCAGGACUUUUACAAGUUCUUUGAGGUCACUGGCCUUAAAUGGAAGGCACGACGCAGUGGAGAACAUUGGUUCGAUGACCUUCCUCACACGACCUUCCUCAUUUUCAAAGGCAUCAACCUGCUGGUGAAGUCGAAGGCCUUCCAGUAUGGGAUGUGUGUGGUGGUGGCCGUGAACGGCGUGUGGAUUCUGGUGGAGACGUACACACUCAGCAGUGGGUUCUCCUGGUCCAGAUUCGUACCCUGGAGUUACAUUGUGUUCCUGACCAUUUACGGAGUAGAGGUGUUAUUGAAAAUAAGUGGUUUGGGUCCGAUGGCUUAUUUCAGCUCCGGGUGGAAUCUCUUUGAUUUCUCGGUGACGGUGUCCGCCUUCCUCGGCCUGCUCGCGCUCGCCUUCGACAUGGAGCCGUUUUACUUCAUCGUAGUUCUCCGACCACUUCAGCUCCUCCGGUUGUUUAAGAUAAAGCAGAGAUAUCGUGAUGUGCUGGACACCAUGUUUGAGCUCUUCCCCAGGAUGGCAAGUCUGGGCUUGACCUUAAUCAUCUUCUACUACUCUUUUUCAAUUGUUGGGAUGGAGUUUUUUGCAGAUGUGGUUUUUCCCAACUGCUGCAACACCAGCACAGUGGCAGAUUCAUACAGACAGAUAAACGUCACCAUUGGCAACAAAACCGUGUUGGAAGAAGGCUACUAUUACCUCAAUAACUUCAACAACAUUCUCAGCAGCUUUGUGACUCUGUUUGAACUGACGGUGGUCAAUAACUGGUACAUUACCAUGGAAGGAGUCACGUCCAUGACGACCCACUGGAGCCGGCUCUACUUCAUGACCUUCUACAUCGUGACCAUGGUGGUCAUGACCAUCAUCGUGGCGUUCAUUCUGGAUGCUUUUGUGUUCCGCAUGAACUACAGCCGCAAGAACCGGGAACCAGUGGAAAACCCAGAGGAUGAGAACGGGGUCGUGUUUGAGGUGGAGGUGAGUCGGGACGAGGCCCUGGUCACUCUGGAGCUGUACAAGCAGACCUGCCCAGGCCUGUCUUCCCUCAGCUCUUUGCAGGGAGUCCUCCACACGAUGGAGCGGGGGGGCGGGCACACGUCUCUGGUGUACUUCGGUCGGCGGUCUCGGACGAAGAGUGACCUCAGCAUGAAAAUGUACGAGGAGGAGAUUCAGCUCGAGUGGUACACGCAGUAUUCAAGGGAAAACCUGCCUGAGCAAGACCACGCCCUGGAGCUGGAUCUGGACGGUCCGGUCUCCGACCCGUCUUCCUUCCCAGAGCCUCGGCUCGACUCGCAGACCGGACCUCACGGCGUCAACUAAUGCACACGGAGCACGCAGCCCACCAGCCUCUCUGGGCUUUACAUGCAGAUGAACCCCAUUCCUCCAGGUCCCACUUCCCCACGCUCCAAGUUACCAAUGUGGAAGACUCGUCCGGGAGAGCGUGAGGCGAUGGCGAGGCGGUGGCGAGGCGGUGGAGAGGCGGUGGCGAGGCGGUGGAGAGGCGGUGGAGAGGCGGUGGAGAGGCGGUGGCGAGGCGGUGGAGAGGCGGUGGAGAGGCGAUGGAGAGGCGGUGGAGAGGCGAUGGAGAGGCGGUGGAGAGGCGGUGGAGAGGCGGUGGAGAGGCGGUGGCGAGGCGGUGGAGAGGCGGUGGAGAGGCGGUGGCGAGGCGAUGGCGAGGCGGUGGAGAGGCGAUGGAGAGGCGAUGGCGGUGGAGAGGCGAUGGAGAGGCGGUGGCUCGGCGGUGGCUCCUCCUGGAGCCUUCCCUUCCCGACCAGGACAGCAGCACACGUCUGCAGCUCGACCAGCGACGUGUGCGUGCGCGCGCUGCUGUCGACCUCCUGUAAAACGUGUCGUACUUUAACCCGAUGCCCUGAUUGGACCAUCGGAUUAAUAUGAACAGACACCACUUCUAAGUUAUCUAUAACCAAAAUGCUAAACUCUUGCACUCUUUUUAGCUCAACCCGACAAAACUAUUAGUGCAUCUCCGAGCUAAAGACUCAAAGUAUUUCACUUUUGUAUAACUUCCUAUUGUGUAUGUAUUUCCGGUGAGUUAAGGGAUUUUAAUAAACUUUUUGAAUUGUCAA